AACUCCCCAUGUCACCGUGGUUCUUCGCUUGCAACCGGCGAUUCGGCGUCCUCCGAGGGGUGGGCUUUGGCUCCGCUGCCAGGACCGACGAUGGUCGGCGGCCGCUUGUCGCGCCUCUUCCUCCCCCUACCUCCGACAAGGAUGAAGCCAGCAGCCCACGUUGUUCCUUCUCAACCGAGAAGGAACCUUUGCUUCCCUUCUUCCCCGCCACCACUACAAGGCAACUCUUUCUUCACCGUUGUCGCUGUUUCCCCGGCCAGCGACCUUCGACCACCGCUCGACCUCCUCGCUGCCCCCAUCUCGUUCAAAAAAUAAAAAAGAAAGAAAAAAAAGAAAAGAAAAGAAGAAACACGAGAGGAAGAAGAAGUCGCAGCCACCCCUGCUUCCGGCCAGCCCACCCGCCGCUGCUGCUCUCCGGCCAGCGCCCACCAUCGCCCCGCUUCCCGGCCGGCGACCACCGCCGCCGCUGUUCCCCGGCCAGGAGACGACGCUGCCAGCGUCCAUCCCAGCCCUACUGCCGCCGCCCGCCUCCCCUUGCGUCGCAGCGCAGCCGCUCGACCUCUCCUCCUCGGCGAUCGUUGGUGACGCUGCUCCCAGCCGCGUCACCACCGCUGCCUCUCCACCGCCGCCCGCCUCCCCUUGGGUCGCAGCCGCAGCGGCCGAUUGUCGCCCUCCUCGCGGUGACCGAAACAGGGCAACACACGGAUUGCCCUUGUUCCCAGCCGCGUCACCACCACUUUUCCCAGCCGCAUCGCCGCCGCUCGAUCACAUGGCCAGCGACCUCUUCUCCUCGCGUCCCCAUCUCGCUCGAGCGAGAAGGACCGCCGGCACCGCAGCCGCAGCCGCCGGUUGCCGCAGCCCCUCCUUGCAGCGGUUGCAGAAACAGAGCUUCCUCUGUUGCCGCAGCCACGCCUCGAGCGCCGUCGCCUUCCAGCCGACCCACCACCACUGCCAGCCACUGUGCGGCGACCGCUGCUCGCCUCCCAGCCGCCGCUCCCCCUGGCUCGGGCGAGAACGACCGCCGCCACUCCCCCUUGCUCUGUCCCCUUGUGACCGAGAAACAGGGCAAUCCUCUUGCUGCUGCGAACGCCGGUUGCCACCACCGUCGCCACUGCUGCCCAGCCAGCGACGACGCCGCUCGCCGCCCAGCCUGCCACUACUGCUGCUGCCAGCCACCGCAGCCUUCACCUCAACCCCCUCAUCUGCACCGUUGCUGCAGCCCCCUUGCAUCUUUGCCGCAGCCGCCGGUUGCCACCACUACAGCCUCAACCCCGGCCGCUUCAACGUCACCUCCCUCUUGUUCUACCUCCGCUGCUGCAGUUGUUGGUUGGCAUCACCGCAGCCUCAACCCGGCUGCUCGGCGAUUGCUUCCUUGGGUCACAGCAGUCACAACCGUCGCCUUUCAGCCUCGGCGCUCUCAUCUCACACAGUGACAAAAACACAGGGCAGCAACUCUUCCUCCAUUGCAGCCACCGCAACGGCGAGUCCUUGCCGGCGCUGCCCCCAACCACAUCACCAUCGCUGCCUCCCAGCUCUCAGCAGCAGCGAUCCCUCCACGCAGCGACUGCAACAAGCAUCGUUGCCUCUCACCAGCGCCUCCUUCCGCAGUGUGAUAGAAACAGAGCAACGCUGCCUUUCAUCCGCACUGUCGCAGCCAUCGCAGCGGUGAGCCCUUGGCGGUGCUGCCCUAGCCGCACCACCAUCGCUGCCUCCAAGCCCUUAGCAAUAGCGAUCCCUCUACGCAGCGACCGCAACAAGCAUCGUUGCUUCCCACGCGGCGACCGCAGCUACAUCCCUGCAUCAUCGCAGCAACCCUUCAUUCUCAUAGUGUUGCCAUCGACUGCAUCACAACAGCAGCACCGAAUAGGACAGUGAUUGAUGCCCUUGACCAACACCAAAAAUAGGAGUUGAGAUUACAGAUUUGCAGUCUUACGAAAUGGCCACCGAUAACUCAGUGAAAGCACAAAUGGAAGCAUUGGAAAUUAGAAUUGAGAACCGGUUACAAGAAGUACUUAAUGAUUUCAAAAAGGACUUACUGGGGAGCCUUAGUAAAUUUCAACAAGGUGGGAGCUCAAGUUCUACAUUGCACAGAUCUGGAAAUACUAGAAAAGGGCCCCAAGAUUGUGACACAAUCUACUCAUACAUGAAGGUGGAUGGACAGCUCUAAAAAAUUUGUCAGACUUCUACAAUGUUGGAGUAUUAGAGUAGGUUUGAAAGAUUAUCAAAUCAAGCUAGAGAUUGGUCGAAACGACAACUUCUGGAUACAUUUAUUGAAGGUCUUAUUCCAGAGAUCCGGUGUGAAGUUAAAAGCUCGUCAACCUCGCACUAUGAUAGCUGCGAUCUCAUUCGCACAUCUACAUGAGAAAAAAAUCAACAGGGAAAAUCAUGGAAACAGAAGUGACAAUAACCAGAUGGUCAGUAAGCCACCAGCCCUAUCUAUUCCCAACCAAAGCCUUGACACCCGAAGACUAACCCAAGAAGAACUUAAGGAAAGAUCAACAAAGGGUUUAUACUAUGAUGAAAAGUGGAGUAUGGAGCACCGAUGUAAACAAGGGCAACUUCUGAUGAUUGAGCCAAUUAGAGAGGAACCAAAAGUAAAAGAGUUGGACUCCGAUCAUAAAGGUAUGAAAACUGAUGAAGAUAUUGAAGCCAUCACACAUACAAUGCAUGCAUUGGCUGGCUACACUAACCCACAAACUAUGAAAAUCGGAGGAACUUUGAAGCAUCAACCUGUCACUAUUUUGAUUGAUACAGAUAGCACUAAUAAUUUUAUGGACAGGAAAGUUGCAGCCCAAUUAGCCCACCACAUUGAAGGAUGUGAUAUAUUUGAAGCUGAUGGACGGAUUUUAACUUAUGAUAGCAAAGGCUAGGAAUUUCUUACAACGAUUACUACACUGAAAGAUCGACCUAUUGCUUACACUGUCAAAAAGUGGAGACCAUACUUGAUCAACGGGUUGUGAUGCGUUGCAGAUAGCCUAUGACUGAAGUGCUAAAAGACAAGCUCCCCGAGAUUGAUGCUGCUCAGCCUUGAGGACAAGGCUGAAAUGUACAAGGGCCUUGAAGCAGCAUUAGGUACACCUUUCAGUUCAGAUCCUUUAUCACCACCUCCAAAUCCUAUAGUUCUUGUUAUUAGUGGACCAAGUGGCGUUGGCAAGGAUGCAGUUAUCAAGAGGCUGCUAGAAGUUCGAGAAGGGAUUCAUUUUGUCGUGACAGCGACCAGCAGACCACAACGACCUGGUGAAAUCGAUGGAAAGGACUAUUAUUUUGUUACCAAAGAGGAGUUUCUUAAGAUGGUUGAAAGGAGUGAGCUUUUGGAAUAUGCUCUUGUUUAUGGUGACUAUAAAGGUGGUUGCAGGUGGAUGAAAAAUCUUCUGUUUGUGAGGAAUCGGCUGAUGGUAGGGAUUCACAUGAUUCGUGACUACAUGGCUAAAGAUUUUGACAUUGUGUUGAGAGUGGAUAUACAAGGUGCAGCCACGUUGAGGUCAAUACUGGGUGAUUCAGCAGUCUUUAUCUUUCUGGUUGCAGAGAGUGAAGCAGCACUUGUGAAGAGGCUUGUAGCUCGUAACACAGAAACACCUGAAAUGCUUCUUGUAAGAAUUGCCACAGCUAAGGAGGAGUUCAAGCACAUGAGAAAAUUUGACUAUGUAGUUGUUAAUGCGGAGGGGAAACUUGACAAUGCAGUUAAACUUGUGGAAUCCAUCAUUGAUGCAGAGAAGGCUAGAGUCUGGCAGCGCAAAGUUCAAAUCUAAUUCAAUCAUUCAAGUGAUCUUGAAUUCUCAUUGUGUAAACAUUUAAUCAGUGCAUAUUCACUGAUUCAAGAAGGAGAGGAUGCUGUUGCUGGAAAUUCAGAAAAUAUCUCUUCUAAGAGGUACACUUAUGACAUUACAUCUGUUCACAUGUAAACUUCAUUUCUUUGAAUUUAGCUUAUUUUCAGUUUGAAUUGGCUUGAUUGUGUAGUGGAUAUUGAUCCUUAUUUUCACUCUAUAAUCACCUUGUAUCUUCAUUCAUGGAGGACCAUACUAAUCUUAUGAUCACCAAUAAAGUAUAUUUGGGUGUA